AUGAGUCAAGUUUCUGGAAAAGUGCCCGACAGGAAGUGGUGGAAGGAAGCUAUUGUCUACCAGAUCUAUCCCGCGUCGUUUCUUGAUACCGAUUCUAAUGGCGUCGGGAACAUCAAUGGGAUCACAGCUAAGCUGGACUACCUCAAGGAAUUAGGCGUGGACAUUCUCUGGAUUUCACCCGUUUACGAAAGCCCCCAGAAGGACAUGGGAUAUGACAUUUCGAAUUACCGCGAUAUCCAUCACCCCUACGGCACCAUGCAAGACGUGCACCACUUGAUUAACGAGCUCAAAGCACGCGACAUGAAACUGAUCAUGGAUAUGGUGGUCAAUCACACCUCGACCGCGCAUCCCUGGUUCAUCGACUCAGCCUCGUCCGCCUCCAGCGCGCGACGAGACUGGUACAUCUGGCGCAAGCCAAAGUUAGACGAGCAGGGUAAUCGGCAGCCACCGAAUAACUGGUGCAGCCUCUUUGACGAGACUGAAUCAGCCUGGACGUAUGACUCCAAGACAGAUGAGUAUUAUCUCUCGUUGUUUAGUCCAUUCCAGGCCGAUCUCAACUGGGAGACCCCAUUCGUCAGAGAGGAAGUCUGCGACAUCCUGCGCUUCUGGCUCGACAAGGGCGUCUCUGGUUUCCGGAUGGACGUCAUCAACCUCAUCUCCAAGGACCAGAGAUUCCCUGACGCAGAGAUCCGCCACCCGGGCAGGAAGUACCAGCCGGGUGAAUGCUACUUCGCCAACGGGGUCCGACUCAUGGACUAUCUCCAGGAGAUGAAGACCGCCGUAUUCUCAAAGUAUGACGCCGUCACGGUCGGCGAGAUGCCGUACCUUGAAGAUGAAGAGCAGAGACUCAGGAUGGUCGCGGCUGAAGAAGGCGUGCUGAACAUGAUCUUCACUUUUGAGAUGAUCGGCCUCGACAUGGUCCCCGAAAAAGGCCGCUUCAGCAAUAAAGCUUGGAAGGUCUGUGAGCUGAAGGACAUAGUCGCCAAAGCCUGCAAGCUCGUUAACCAGGACGGGUGGCAUACGCUCUUCUGCGAGAAUCAUGACCAGCCGCGUUCCGUCACGCGUUUCUGCGACGACUCGGAUGAGCAUCGUGUCGCAGGCACCAAGCUCCUCUCCAUCAUGCAGACAAGCCUUCCUGGUACCCUGUAUGUCUACCAGGGCGAAGAGCUGGGUAUGCGAAACGUGCCCAAGUCCUGGGGAUUUGAAGAAUACAUAGACAUUGAGUCUAUCUCCUACAUCAAGAAUGUCUGCGCUCAAUUCCCAGAAGGGUCUCCGGAAAGAAAAGAGGCUAAGAAUCUUUUGCGCCUCAAAGCUCGUGAUAAUGCCAGGACCCCAAUGCAGUGGGACUCUACAUCUAACGGCGGCUUUUGUCCCGAGGGAGUCAAGCCCUGGAUGCGCGUCAACGACGACUACACGAUCGUCAACGCAGCUCUACAGACUUCUGCAGGCCAGGCAACCGACCGCACCAUGCUUGUGUCACCCUAUAGGUUCUGGCAGCGAAGCAUCCAGAUACGCAAGAAGUUCAAAGACCUGCUCGUGUACGGAGACCUUGAGAUUAUUGAUGGCACGCACGACAACGUUUUUGCGUUCAAGAGGAUCAGCAACGGCAGACAUACCAUCACUAUCCUUAACUUUAGUAAGGAGGAGGUGAGUUUCAAGUUUCCGGAAGGUGAGGGGGUCAGGGGCUGGGCUCUCGGGAGUUAUGAUGUUUUGUCUUUGGCGAGGCCUUGGACGGGGGAGAUACAGCUUUUGCCCUGGGAAGGCUUGCUUGGUAUUGCUUGA